CUUUGGUUAAGAUAAGUACCAUAAUCUUUUAAAUAGCCGGCAUGAUAGAGAGCUCAAAGUUCGCUAUUUCACCCCCAUAAUGUUUUUAAAAUUUAGAUUGUGAAAAGAAAAUUUAUUAACACUUAUUUUUAAUAAAACUACUGCAUUUGAUUGUGAUAAACUUGUUCCAGUACAUAGUUGACAUACCCGUUUACGCUUGUUUCAGUCUUUACAACCAAGCGCCAUUAACUCUAUUUUGCGCUAGUCCAAAGAUGGCCUGUCCUUUGGUGAUAAACAAGAACUCAGUUAAAGCUUUGGCAGCAUGGUGGCUUUCUAACGAGUCAUCUUUGAAUUAUGUAGGGCUUACACCAAAAAGCGGACGUGGGAAAGUGUACAUUGAUAUGCACAGUCCAGGGAUCAUUGUUGGGAUGCCGUUCGUCGAUGCCAUUCUAAAAGAAAGCAGUUGCGAAAUAGAAUGGCAUGUAUGCGAGGGUCAGACAGUAAAAUCCUGUCCUGUAAGAGUUGCUACGAUCAGUGGGGCUGAUGAAGAUGUUUUCUUUUGCGAAAACUUAGUUAUUUCGGUCCUUUCGAGAGCCAGUGGGAUAGCAACCUUGGCCAGCAGAAUCCAAUUAAUUCUACAGGAAGUUUCUUGGAAGGGGACAAUAUAUAUGCCUGAUAGACGGACACCGGGUUUUGGUCUUGUUGAAGAGUAUGCAAUGAUGAUAUCAGGAGUUUCUGAACGUAAAGCAUCAGUUAGCGUUCGCUGCCAAAAUAUGGAUGCCGAGAGCUUAAAAACUGCCAUAGAUGAAGUUCGGUCUAGAGUUGGUUCUAUUCCCGUUCAUGUUGCCUGCUCAAGGUUAGAUGAAGCCUGUUUAGCUGCUGGAGCUGGAGCAGACAUAUUACUUACUGGUUUGAGUGCUAAGGAGAUUUUAGAUAUUGCUACUCAAGUGAAAGAAUCAUUCCCAGAAAUUCAGGUUAUCGCUAGCGGCUUUUUUGAUGACUCAGACGUAAAACUGUGCGCAACUCGCUAUGUGGAUCACUUAACAUCUCUAAAACUGUGCAACGGUUAUGCUUUUGUUGACUUCCAAAUGGCGUAUGUUAAAGACAAACUUGUUGAAAAUGCAGAAACUACGAAUUUCGUAGUCUUACUAGAAGAAAAUGAAUCGCCCUCUCCUCCAAAAUCAAAAUCACCAGGCCCUCAACCCACUGAAGAAGUGGCUAGCUCAAUUCCUGCGCCAUUAAAGAAGCCCCGCUUAGUCGAUGAUGAGGGCGACACCCCUAAAUCAGCUAAGCUCAAUGGUACUCCAACUCGCAAUACCAAUCCGACGGCCCCAGAUCCGAAUUGGUCCACUUUUCCCAAUGCAGCUAAUGCACAGAAUCAGAAGCGUGUUCAGCGAAUUCUUCGACAUCCUCAGUACACACCAGUAAGAUUGAAAUGAUUUGGAAAUUAUUCCACAAAGGUCGAAUGUUCCUCGCUCACAAACUCCUGGUGGUUUUCCGUUUUUCAUGUCGAACCCGCGACUUAUGCCUCCAACAUCUACGCCAACACGGGCUCCGGCUAUGCUCUUACAACCGGGCUUGAAUAUUAACAAUCAGGUGUCAAAUGUACUGACUCCUCCCAGCAACCAACAGAAUAUCAGUAUGCGUUUACCCAUGGUACCUCCUCAAUUGCAACAACCACCACAGUCAAUGUCACAACGUAUGCCAUCAAACCCUCCAGGAAUGCUCAAUACAAAUCAACCUAUGGGUGGUGGGUUUUUGAACAAUAUUCAACCACCUCAUAAUCAACCACCAAACUGGCAAAUGAUUCCAGGCGGUCCCGGUGGGCAUCCAAUGGGCGCGAUCGGCUUAGGAAUGCGUGUUGGUGGUCCUGGAGGACAAAAUGUGAAUAAUUGCCGGUCAUGUGGUUUUCCGAACCCUCCAUCAAUGCCUUUUUGUCGAAACUGUCGUUCUGGUCUUCGGUGAAUUUAAGGGUCCUUUAUGUUAUUGGUGCUUAUUUACUAUGUAAUCUGUGUUUACACAUUUCUUUUCAUGCAAAUAGUAAUCGGGAACUUUAUGCCAAAAGAAAAUACUUUAUCUUUGCAGCUAACACGUAAA